AUAUUGUUUAAACUUGUACAUCUGGAAAUAAAUCUUAAUCAGGACUGACUGUGGUGUUUACUUUCUGAAACAUGGAAUCCAGACGAUUAAAGCGAGACAUUGAAGCCCUGCUUGGUGAAUAUAUUGGGCAGAAACUAAGAGAAAAUGGCUUCGAUCCUAAAGGAAAAGGCAUGUCAGUGCUGGAUGAUAUGGCACAUUAUGAUUUAGCUGUAAGUGUAGCAUUAUGGUGGCUGGAAAAAGAAGAAAAAAAGAGCCCAGUUGAGAAAGAACUCAUAGGAGUCAUCAGUCCUGGACAUAGUCAGUAUCCAAACCGUCUGGAAAGAGAGGCUAUGAUUCUUUCUUCCUUUGCUGGGAUGCUUUUGAAUAGUCUACCUGUAGAAGAUAUCCUGUCUUUGUAUAGCUGCAAACCAUCUGCUUCAUGUCCUCAUCAGGACAAUAAAAGCAACAUCAUUCACCCAUUCACCUUAUCCUAUCACCCGUUCGCCAUGCUCAGUUCAUAUAAGGCAGUAGAACAUUCAAAAAAGCACACAAAAUUGUUAAAGCACUGGAACAGCGAGCGUAACAAGGGAGCGUCUACAAAAGUGGAUAAGGAGGAGAAAGCCCCCUCUGUCUCCUCUUCCUCUUCUUCUUCAUCCUCAUACAGUGACAGUGAAGAUUCCCUGAAAGAGCAAAGAAAGCACUAUGAAGGUUCUCAGGAAUCCCUGCAGGCCUAAAAGCUACACAGUCAGCGAUCAUCCUCAGGCCUUUCUGCUGUUGUCCAUCUUCACACAUUACAUUUUGGUGUCUUUAAAUCUGCUGCACUCCAGCUGGAAGAGAACAUUAUAGGAACAUUCAGCAAUGUUUAAAAAAAAGUUGCAGAAUCACUAGUCAGUAACGUUACACAAGCAAUGUUCUUGGAUGUAAUAAUAGUAACAUUAUGGAAACACCUGAAGUAAAUUUCCCAACUCUAAGAAUUAAUGUACAGUACAAAAAGUAUUACAAAAAGAUUUAUAAAAAGACACUGAUAUUACACAGAUAAAAAUAUUCAAUGAAUUUAUCGUUAAACAUUUUCCAAACAUAGGAAUUAAAGCAUUUAUUUAAAUCUAUAGAAUACAAUACACUAAUAAAUAAAUAGUUUAAAUGAUUAACAUGAACAAUUAAAGAGUAAAUGAUUUUCCCUUAUAUACCUGCCAAUUGUGAAAAGACCAUAUAUAACAGUAGGAAUAAACAAAUAAACAUAACAAUUAAAAUUAAAUUAAAAAUAAAAAUGUUUGGGACUGGAUAAACUUGACAGAUUGAACAUUCUACAAACCAGUCGUAACGUUCAACUUACUAAAAAAAAUGUAGCUUGGAAAACAUUGCCAUGUUAACCAUGUUAAAACAUAUGUAAUCAUUAAUGGCAAUGUUAAUGUUACCUACCGUUGCAGAUGUCAUAGAACAUGACAGUUACCAGUAAUAAUCCUAAUAUACCCAAACUGUAAUUGUUACUUAUAAGAGAAUAUAACAUCUGUCAUAACCUGCUUAAGGCUUGGGUGUGUCAAAAGUAUGUAGCAGAGUUUAAGUAAAGUGCUACCAACAGCUCAUUUAUAGUAUCUUUAUAUACAUAUUGUAUUAAGUCCUUAUUGUGUUAUCUUCCUUUUUUAUUGUGAGUACUCUGAAGACAAAUCUUAAUCAAUCAGUUGCAUACAUUUUUAAUUAUUCUGUUAAUCCAUUCAUUUUUACCUAGUUCAUAACUAAUGUGUUUAUGUAGUAAAACUGUAAUGUUUUAGCCUACAAAAUGCUUCCAAUAGCAUGAGAAUUUGCAUGGAAAUGGUCUGAUAAAGAUAAAGAGUAUAAUUAUGAAUAAAGAUGGUUGUAUUUUAAACACUGGAAUCAAAAUGUAUUUUCUUGUUCUAUUUUAACACAUGCUGCUGUGUUUUUAUUUUAUGCAAGUAAUAAAAAGCAUUAUGUUCAUUUUGCAGAUGCACAUUUACCACUAACCAGUUAAAUGAGGCAAACUGUACAGGGAAGGGAGGAGGACCUGUAUCAACCUGACUUUGUGCAGUUGUUAGGUUUGACAUUGAUGUGUGUAAGCACCAUUAAAUAAUGCAAUUAAGUGCUAUUCUAGUUUUAACUUUAAUGGAGUUUUGGCACAUUACAACAUGAAGUGUUUCUCUAGUCGCUGUGGAAAUAGAGUGGGGCAACAGAGGUCAGUAAUGUGCCAGCUAGGAGUUUUGCAUUGAU